ACCAGAAUGAGUGUUUGGUUGAUCAUGUUGUGUUUGGUUGACUUGACCAGGUGCUGUUAGUUAGGUGUUGCUAUCUACAGUACAGAGAACACCUCAAAGCUAAAUAUUUUCCAGUGACGUCACGUUGGUGUGAAACAUGUUAACCUCGAUGCUAGACCCUCCUCUUCCUGUCACAACAUGAGUUUCAGAGAGAAGGUGAAAACAAGCUGAAAACUUUCCGCUCCAUCGAACCAAUCGCUGCUCGUAUGUCCUUUCAUGGUAAAGUACAUCUAGUCAUGAACACGGAAAUACACAGCAAAGACCUUGUUACUCAAAGACCCAGCUACUCUCUGACAGUCACCAUCAGACCAUCAGACCACCAGAUGGACAGGCUGUUUGUUUCUCUCAUCACUCUCCUGUGUGCUGUUUCCUCCAGUCAGGAUGGGAUCUCUGGAACAGAGGUGGAGCUGAGAGUCAGACCAGGAGACAACGUUGUUCUUCACUGUGAUGUCAAACACCAUGAUAAAACACAUUGGCAUAGAAACAGCUCCAUUGAGAAUGUGGGUCAUUUCAGUGUUUCAAAUCAGGAUAUAAUGGACAAUCCUGUCACUCGCUUCUAUUUCCUGUGGCGUUCUCAACAGUUCUGGGAUCUGCUGAUUGAGAACAUCACUGAAUCUGACCUGGGACUCUGCUACUUUGGGACUUUGAAGAAGAAGUUUCUGAACUUUGAAGGGGUUAGCGAUACAGUAGAAACGUUCAUAUCUAACAAUGGAAAUGUCAUCACCAGACUUUCAUUUGGCUGUGGGCUGUGUUGGAUGUUGCUGUUCAGUCUGUGUCCUGUGUCUGCUCUCCUCUCCUCUCUCCUCUCCUCCACCUGUGUCUACUCCUUCUGCAGAACAACAGCUCCAACUGAGACUCAGGUUCCUCUGAACAGGACCACCACCAGGGGAAGUGACAGCAGAGACAAGGAGGAAGGAGACCUGUGUUACGCCUCGUUGGAUAUCCGUCAGGGACAGAGGAGACCAAAGAAGACGAAGAGGGUCCAGAACUCUGACUUCAGUACCUACUCAGCCAUCAAUACCAGCAGAGUGUGAGACCUAUACCAUCCAUCAAUACCAGCAGAGUGAGACCUGUACCAUCCAUCAAUACCAGCAGAGUGUGAGACCUGUA